CAAAUAUUUUGAUUGGCAGUUUCUAUGACAACUGCACGGUCUUUUUCUGCGUCAUUGGUCCAUACGGGAACUUCUUCGUUUGAUAGACAGUCGUCAUGGUAACGUUCUUAUUCAGCCUCCAUUUUGUUAGCCACUUUCGUUUUUCCCCAAAAAAUGUACCUUCUUCCCGGAAUAGUAAAUCCACUGAUCAUAGCAAUGACAUGUACAUUGAAACUUAUGCCCAGACAUAAAUUGGUUAAUAUAAUGAAAGGGGUUGGUAGAUGUGCUACAACGGCGCUUACUGAGUACAUUGGUUUACUGUAGUUUCUAUGGUCUUCCGCCGGGCCGGUACGCUGCGCAGGUUUGGAACGCGCGCCAUUUUGUGACAUUUACAAAAAAAGGUUUCUUCAAGAAAACAGGGUCUUCAAGUUUUUUUCCGUAUUCAAAAAAAAUGCUUUGGAAGCAACGCUACUCUCGCUGAAAUGGAAGUAUCGACCAGCUAAUGGUGUACAUGCCUACAUCGAAAUGUUGGUUUUUCUAUGGUCAGAUCGAAUACAGUAAGUUUCUGCUGUUGACGGUGGUGGCGAGUUGACGGAGAGGCGCUGUUGAUUUGGAAACAGAAUUGACAUCUACUCAGAGGAGUGAGGGUUGUACGUUGGGAAAUCUGGGGGGGCUCCAUGGAGAAUAGACUGUAUUCAAUAAUUCGCCGUAAGGCAUUGGGGAUUGUAAAUGAGGAUAUUUUUCUGGAAUAGGAAGACUGACAGGCAGCGACAAAGUGAGCUGUGGUGUGCUGCUGGACUCUCCUGCCAGGAUGAUAUGAGAGUUACCAGGAGACAAUGCAUACAGGAGGAGAGACUUCAGCAUGCAAACCUUCAUCUGUCCGGCUUGCCCCCUCGUUUUCGUUCCACGCUGCUGGGCUUCAGAUGGCUGCUCCCAUGCCCCAUUCACACCAGCAGUACAGUGAGCGGCACCAGCAGACAACUGACGAGUCUGUGCCGGCUCUGCCCUACAGCGAGCAGGCGCAGCAGUCUAUCACCAGCCAGGUGACCCCUGAUGUUGUCAUGUUACAGAGGCGCAUGCCCCAGUGCUUUCGCGACCCGUCCUCGGCUCCCCUGAGGAAGCUCUCUAUUGACCUGAUCAAAACCUACAAAUGCAUCAAUGAGGUAUACUAUGCAAAAAAGAAGCGGAGACACCAACAGGGCCAGGGCGACGACUCCAGUCACAAAAAGGAGAGGAAGGUCUUCAACGACGGCUACGAUGACGAUAACUACGACUACAUCGUCAAGAAUGGGGAGAAAUGGAUGGACCGCUACGAGAUCGACUCCUUGAUAGGCAAAGGCUCGUUUGGACAGGUUGUAAAAGCAUAUGACCGUGUUGAGCAGGAGUGGGUAGCAAUUAAGAUCAUCAAGAACAAGAAGGCUUUUCUAAAUCAAGCCCAGAUUGAAGUGCGGCUCCUCGAGCUCAUGAACAAACAUGACACGGAGAUGAAGUACUACAUAGUUCACCUUAAGCGCCACUUCAUGUUUCGGAGCCACCUGUGCUUGGUGUUUGAGAUGCUCUCCUACAACCUGUACGACCUGCUGCGGAACACCAACUUCCGCGGCGUCUCGCUCAACCUCACACGCAAGUUUGCCCAGCAGAUGUGCACGGCUCUAUUGUUCCUGGCCACCCCCGAGCUCAGCAUCAUCCACUGUGACCUGAAGCCCGAGAAUAUCCUAUUGUGCAACCCCAAGAGGAGCGCCAUCAAGAUCGUGGACUUUGGCAGCUCCUGUCAGCUGGGACAGAGGAUCUACCAGUACAUCCAGAGUCGGUUCUACCGAUCCCCAGAGGUGUUGCUGGGCAUGCCUUACGACCUGGCCAUUGACAUGUGGUCCCUGGGCUGCAUCCUGGUGGAGAUGCACACCGGAGAGCCCCUCUUUAGUGGGGCCAACGAGAUUGAUCAAAUGAACAAAAUAGUGGAAGUGCUGGGCGUCCCUCCCAAUUACAUAUUGGACCAGGCCCCCAAGGCCAGGAAGUUCUUUGAGAAGAUGUCUGACAGUACGUGGGGUGCAAAGAAGACCAAAGAUGGCAAAAGGUAUAAGCCGCCGGGUACGCGGAAGCUGCACAGCAUCCUGGGUGUGGAGGCAGGGGGUCCUGGGGGGCGGCGGGCAGGCGAGUCUGGCCACGCUGUAGCCGACUACUUGAAGUUCAAGGACCUAAUCCUGCGGAUGCUGGACUACGACCCCAAGAGCCGCAUCCAGCCCUACUACGCUCUGCAGCAUAGCUUCUUCAAGAAGACGGCGGAUGAGGGGACCAAUACGAGCAGCAGUGUGUCCACCAGCCCAGCGCUGGAGCAGUCCCAGUCCUCGGGAACCACCUCCAGCACCUCCUCCAGCUCAGGAGGGUCAUCUGGCACAAGCACCAGUGGGCGGGCUCGCUCGGACCCCACGCAUCAGCUCCGGCACAGCGGAGGUCACUUCAGCGCCUCCGUGCAGGUCAUGGACUGCGAAAAUCUCUGCCCACAGGCGAGGCAGCCGUUCCCUCCCCCCGUGGGCUGGGCUGGUGGCGAAGGGGUGCAGACUGUGACGGUGGAGACCCAUCCCGUCCAGGAGACCACCUUCCACGUGCCUCCCCAGGCGCCCAAAGCCAUCCACCCUUUAGCCCCCGGCAACAUCUCCACCCAUCACCACCAUCACCACGGACACCAUCAUCAUGGACACCAUCAUCCUCAUGGACAGCAGGGCCUGCCAGCACGGCCCCGGCCCCGCCUAUACCGCUCCCCCACCAACAGCGCCUCCACGGAGAACUCCAUGGAGGUGGUGCACGGCCACCUGUCCAUGACCUCCCUGUCUUCCUCCGCCUCCUCCUCCUCCACAUCUUCCUCCUCCACCGGGGCCCAGGGCAACCAGGCCUACCAGUUGCGCCCGCUCCCCACCAACGCAGCCUUGGACUUUGGUAGGAAUGGGAGCAUGACCAUGGGACUGGGUGCCUUCUCCAACCCCAGACAAGAGACUGGAAUGGCGGGCCACCCCACCUACCCCAUGGGCAUGAGACAGAGCAUAGACAGGGAGGAGUCGCCCAUGGCGGGAGUCUGUGUACAGCAGAGUUCUGUCGCCAGUUCAUGACUAAACUGAGAAUGUUUUUGUUUUUUUCUAUUUGUAUUUUUUUAGGUGGUGUUUUUUUCAACAAAAAAGUGCAUAGAGAUCAAAAAGCUGCUUAUAAUUAGAGGGGCGAUUAUCACCGCUACCACAGUGCAGAGCCCACCAUCUCUCCAACUACUCUUCCCCAUGCCACCCUUGGGUUUCUCUAUUCACUUUGGUUUUCAAAUGGGAUUUUUGGAUUUACCAUUUUCAGUGUUCACAGGGAAUUACAGAUUUUUACUACAAACUGUCUCGCAUUGCAUACUUCACAACAGUACUGAAACACCCAUACAUUUCACAUUCACCUCUCACUUGACUGCAUGGUUUGCAUUAUUCCUUGUUAUUGUCAGCUGAGAGCUUAGAAGUGUGUGGUUAGAAAAUUACGUGGCCCUCUUUUGCCAACGGCUAUUUAGUAAAGAAAUUGCUACAGUACCAUAACACUUCCAGCAACUCCUAUCCACACAUUUGCCUUUUUUCCCCUGUCUUUGGCAAGAAUUAUUUUCUCUUUUGUACUUUUUGUUCUCAUUUGAAUUUCUCUGUUCUGUUGUGCAAUUCCACCUGUGAGUUGUGAGACCUGUAGAGUUGCAGAGGAAUGAAGCAUUAUGCAGGGGGGUUCCGUCCCGCUGGGUUUGUCCGUGUCACUCUUUCUCUGUUUGAGAUGGGUGCCGAUGCGUACUGUGGGCCGGCGCUCUCUAGCCGAGGUCAACAUGUGUGCAGCUGGGCAGCAGAGAGCUGGGAGGCCCCAGAGCAGUGAAGGUGGGCCCUGACCAGGUCCCUGGAACAGGGCCACACUGACGAGAUCUACUGGGGAGCAGCAGCCAGGGCCGGUCCUGCCCAAAACUAAAGUACAGAUGUCCGGGCAGUAGCAGUUUUUUGAGAUAACCCUUUGGCCUUAUGAUUUUUUUGACUCUGAAAUGAGGGUGGGUGAAAGAAGCUGGACAUUAUCGUUUAAAUGAGAAAAUAGCUUUCCUGUAUUUUUGAAGUAUGGAUAAAAACAAAAAAAUCUUUAAAAAUUUCAAAUAGGAAGAAAAGGUGUUUUUGAGAAUGCUAAUUUAAGAGGCCUUUAACUAAAAUGUAUGACUUGCAAGGCCCAGUGAUUGCAGGGCCGUGCAAGUUCACAGUGGUGUUUUUGCAAGAUGGAUGGAAUUAGCUACGACUGUGUCCCUUCCUGCUUUUUACUUGCUUUUCUUUGCUUUGUUUCUUCAGCAUGUGGUUCCUCCAACAGAGCUUCUGCACAAAUGUCUUCAGUUCUUCUUGAAAAUGAAAACAUGCAGAAUUUUAUGUGACUGAUUUUUUUUUGUCUCACAAUUAUGCUGUGAAUUUUACAAAGAUUUAUUUUCCCUUUUGAUAAUUUAUUGUACCAAAGCUGUUUUUUAUAGCACAUAGAUGUCUGUAACAAAUAAUGUAGCAGUUCUGCACUUUGACACAAGGUGUAUCAAGACCUUUUUUAAAUGUCAGUAAAAAUGGCUGUAUCUAUUGCUUUAGCAAAACUGGAACUGUUGUUGAACUCAAUACAUUUACUGUUAGCUGUAUCCUCGACAGAAUUGGUUGUAAGGUUCUCAAAAAAAGACAAAAAGACAAAAACAAUCUCUCAUUGGUAUAACUUUUUUUCCCCGUUAUCAAGGACUUGAGGGACAAUAGAUGCCAACGCUGGUUGCUACUCUGCGGGUUCCGGAGUAUCAGUAUGGUGGCUAUGAGUCGAGGCAAGUCCUCCUAUUCAUGAGUCGAGAGGGAAAAAAUGUUAAUAACUGCAUUAAUCCUUCAAUUUGAGACCUGGGAUUUAGAGGCUGUUUCAAACAUGCUUAUCUAUCUGGGUAAAGCUGCCUUAAAAUGACUUUUGGCAGUCUUCACGGUAGUGGCUAAAAUGGUACCGCUUUUCCCCCCUCAAUUUUGAAGCAACCCUAUUUGACCUAGCCAGCAGAGGCACUGUACACAUCCACAUGUUUAGAUGGUUUUGGAGAUGGGGUACUGCUCUAAAUUAGCUCAAAUUCACGUGUUUGACUGAAGCUAUCACCAUGGGUGUAAAAUCCAAAAGGAAACUAGUAGGGAUGGAUGGAGUGAGAAGUGAGCCCUGUCUGCUGGAGCGUCAUACUCCAGUCUCCUCGUGUGAUGCCAGAGGAUACGAGAGAACUGGCCAACGUUUUGUACCAGUUGCAAAUGGAACGGGGCGGCAACAGCUAGAGGAAAGGUGUCCAUGACAACACAGGCUUCAGGUGUUUACUUUUCAACCCCAUUUUAAUAGUUGAAAUAGAAUUUAUGUAUAUAUUUAUAUUUUUUUAAUAAAGGAAGUUUAGAACUCACUACUUUUUUCCUAAUGGUAUUUUGAGUACAUUUAAGUCAAUGUGGAGACCAUGCAGUGGAAGUUAUUCUGUGAUAUUAGUCAAUGGGUAACAGUGCUUCCAGGCCAAAGUAGUUGACAAUGCCAGUACAAAUGCAAAACUUGUAGGGUUUAAAUUUAAACAGGACAAUAGAUAUGCAUACCUUAAAUAUUAUAGACAGGGUAUAGUGUGUGGGUGUAUGUCUACAAACCUGAAUGACAGCUGUGUUUUAAUAUAUAACAAAUACAUAAGAAAUGAUGUGCGUAUUACAGGAACUAAUUUAAGUUGCAUUAAAAUUGGCAUAAGCUUCAACCGUGGGUCCAUUUGAAGUCAGGCUACUGAUACAUGUGUGUGAAAGCCAUGAUCGUCACCAUAUAACCAGUCAACAAACAUCCAACGUUUACUCCCAAGUGUUCAGUAUAAUUUCUGCUCUGCUCCCUGUUUCAUUCAAAUAAAAAGCUUUGUCCUACUUGCCACCCUUUAUUUUCUGUCCCCCAGUCUGAUUUUGAGUGAUUGACAACAUAGUUUGGUUACAGGACAUCUGACAUGCACUGUUAAGAUUAAACGACAUGGGGAAAGUACCUGUGUCCACAGAUUGUAAGAUCUAGUCAAUACUUGCUGUGUAUAUGAUGUUUCAAAAAGAUACAAAAUGGACAAGCCCUUUGUAUUAUAUUCAAGCGGUCGUAUGUAUGAUAUAAAAAAGUUCAUUAACUUGUA